AUGCUGUCCUGGCUGCUGCUGCCCCUGCUGUGGGUGGGGUCCCUGCAGGAGGAUAAAGGGUAUGAGCUGCAAGUGCCUCUUUGGAUGUCGGUGCAGGAGGGCCUGUGUCUCACGGUUCCCUGCAAGUUCAUCUACCCCUGGGAAUCACAUUAUCAUCCUGACACACUCUACAUCUUCUGGUUUGAGGGUGGGGGCAAUGUGCAACACGCCCCUGUGGUGGCCACCAACCAUCCAACCCGAGCAGUGAAGCCACGGACAAAGGGCCGGUUCCAACUCAUCGGAGACCCGCUGACCAACAACUGCUCCCUGAGCAUCAGAGAUGCCCGCAGGAGUGACUCAGAGACCUACAGUUUCCGGGUGGAGCGAGGACCGAAGGUGCAAUAUACCUACCAAAACAGGAGGCUGACUGUGCUGGUGACAGACCUGACAGAGAAACCCCACAUCCACAUUCUGCAACCCCUGGCGUCCGGCCGCCCCGCAAACCUGGCCUGCAGCCUGCCAGGGUCCUGUGAGGGGGCCAGACCCCUGGCCUUCUCGUGGGUGGGGGAAGCCCUUAAUGAGACGGACCCUACAACACGCCAGUCCCCGGUGCUCACCUUCACCCCGAGGCCCCAGGACCAUGGCACCAACCUCACCUGUCGGGUGAGACAAGAAGGCUCUUCUGUGACCACGGAGGUGACCAUCCUGCUCAAUGUGUCCCGGAAGAUUGAAAAAGGCCACCCUGGUCCUCACCACUCUCCCCUUCCAGAAACCCCCCACACAGUGGCCACCUCCGUUCUCCAGAGGAACUACACAGAAAGCCCUCCUUGCUGUCCCUGUCUCUCACAACUGGAAGAAGGCUCCGGGCCGCUGAUCCGCACCGUAGUCCGGGGGAUCCUGAUGGGGGCUGGCUUCCUCCUCACCUAUGGCCUUACCUGGGCCUACUACACCAGGUGUAGCAGCCCUCAGGGGAGACAGGCUGACUGAGGCUAAUUUCUUCUCAAGACUGGAUGGAGCUGUGGAUAUGGAGCCCCGAGUGAGAGACACAGGGCCAUCACUGCGUCCUUGGAAGUAUGGGGUUCCACCCAAUGCUCCCUUUGACUGCUGCCUGCGCCCCACCCCGCCGCCUUUGUACUGUCCUCAUAUGU